UGAAACCGGCGAGAGGGUUUGCGUGGUUGAUCGAGAGAGUGGGGAUGAGGGGAAUUCUCUUGUGUGCGAAAAACCGACGCAGCAAGUGAGGGGGCCUCUAAGACUGUCAGAGAGCCGGCAGCCCGCACUGCGAGCUGCUGUCUUUAAUUUCCGCACUUUUUUCGAGAUCAAAAGGAAAAAAAGGACUAGAGAAAAUUUUUUUUUAUUUUUCACGAGACCUGCGGACAAAAUUUUCCUCCUCCACCCUCUCGUUCCGUUGACGGCGGUUUUUUUUAUUGUUUCCGGGCUAGCAGCAGGAAAAUAACACACACACGACAGGAGAAAGGGAAAUCGAAAAAAGGAAAAAAUAGGGAGGAGAGUUUGUCUCUCCUCUCGUGAGGUUUCAAAAAAUCCAUUUCCCUUCACUUCUAGGAUCUGUUGAGAGGCGAGAAAUUUAAGAAAUGAAUACUAUGGAUCCUGUUGGGGACGGUGGAGGAGGAGAGGAAUCCGGAACUGAUAAAAAUACAACCGCGGGGACACCUUCGACUCAACAUCAACAGCAUCCACCACCUUCACCACUUAGCGGAUGUUAUCUUCUCGUGGUACUUCCAGAACCUCAUACCGCACAACAUAAGGACCUUAUCUUAAGUCGCCUAGCAAAAGGAUUUCUAUCCUGGGAUAAGGACAGUUGUCAUGUAGAUCUUGAAAAAGAAUUACAUGCUCUCAUAGGACAAGCACCUGAAGGUGAAGAAGCCAGGAAUGGCGAACGUCUUAUUCAAUAUGCUACAGAGAACCUCGUGACGGAAGUUCUGAUACAUCCCCAAACAAACACUCUUUUACAAUGCAUACGCAAUCUUCUCGCAAGUUUUACAAAACACCGGCACAUUAUUCAUGCUGGCUACACUUUCGGUGGAAAUGGUUCUUGGAUACUGCAGGAUGGAACCUUUAGUUAUGCAGACUUUGUAGAUGCAUUUAGCGAACACGAGGUGCAAAGAGUGCUUCGCGCUUACGAGAAUAGUGUAACUGUACAUAUUCAUUGCGCAGGAGUUGGUGAAUGGUCGACUGCAAGAUUAUCCAAAGAACCUUGUGCAAGGUCCUGUCAGGUUAAGGUGAAUCCGGAUGAUGUUCUUACUGCAGGUGUUCCAGCUAUUACUAGUUUUACACAUUAUAUUGAGCAAUAUCUUGUACCUCAAACAUUAGAUCAGCUAAUGGAACCUUCCGAUGUUGUGGGAAAUAUUCGCUUUAGUCAUCCAACUCUAUACGUCUUCCCGGGUGGACAGGGGGAUGCGGCUCUCUUUGGAAUAAAUGGUUUUAAUAUGCUUGUUGAUGGGGGCUUCGCUAGGAAAGCUUGUUUCUGGGACUUUGCCAGACAUUUAGAUCGAUUGGAUGCCGUUCUGGUCACGAGGAUAAACAACAGCAAUAUUGGCGGCAUGUCCAGUGUUCUUCGAAAAAAGAAGGAGAUGCAUGUUUAUCCUCAAAUUGGACAUUUCUUCUGUAAUCUCGUGGAAAGAAGACACUCGAAUUCACCAGAUGGCGACAAGGAUAUAGAUCCGUUAAUUUUAGAUUUAAUUGAUAUGGGUCAGGAGAUGAUGGUGAAUCUUCGACAUAUUAGUCUAAGAGCCCAUCAUUGCUACAGGGAUCCUGAUCCAAUAAAUCUCUAUCAUAAAGUGGGUCAUGGAACGCUUGACAUGUACGUUCUGAGUCCCAGUAAAGACAGCAAGGAGGUUCGUGAAUUCCUCACCAAAUGGCACGCCUCGGAUUCAAAACUAUUUUCCGGAUCUCAUAAAAAGGACACCAACAAUCUUGUCUUUCCCAUACAAAAUGUCGUCUCCAUUUGUGCACUAUUAGUCUGGCAACCAGCAAAUCCCGAGAGUACAAUAACGAGAAUUCUCUUCCCCGGAAGCACGCCUCAACACAAAAUUUUUGAGGGACUCGAUCGUUUGAAGCAUCUCGAAUUUCUUAAACAUUCAACCUGCUCCGCUAAAAGUCUCUCUCCAUCUACUUCGUUAGUCACUCUUAAGGAUAAACCCCUCAAGAAAAUCGAGCGAGAAGCAAAGAAAUUUGAAGCUAAACGGGAAAAGAAGGACCAAUCAGAAAUAAAGACUAUGAGGGCUAGUGAUGAAUCGCCACAGAAGAGGAUAACGAAAGUUGAAGGAAAAACAAAGAAGGUUGUGGAGAAUAAGAAAAUUGAAUCCGAAUCGAAAAAGAUUGAGGAAACCAAAGAAGUUAAAAAGAUUGAGGACGUGAAAAAGAAGAGCGAAAAAUUGUACGAGGGUGAAACGAAAAAGACUGAUAUUAAAACCGAAACUGAAAAGACUGUCAUAAAAGAACAGAAAGUAAAACCAGAGCCAAAGAAAAAGGAUUCUAAAGAUGUGAAGGAUGUGAAAAUGAUGAAGGUUAGCAAACCAGAAUCGGCAAAGAUAACAUCAAAACCGAUAGAGAAGAAAAUUAUGAAACCAACCGACAAGAAGGAUGUCAAAUCAUCACCAACCACUCCAAAGAAAACUCUUAAUGGUAUAGCCACCAAAACAGAACUGUCAAAAACGCCAAGAGUCCCAAUGAAACCGGCCACAAAAGCAACUACCGCUCCAGCUAAAAGUGCAAAAGACGCCAAUAAUCGCAAAGUCGUUGAGCAAAAAAAUAUCGAAAUGGCUGGAUCAGCCACUGCUGCCAAGACAACCAAAGGAAAACCAGUUGAAAGGAAACCAAUCAGUCGACGAACAAAACCGUCUAGUCCUAGCAAAAGCAGAGUUCCCAUUAGUCCAGCGAAAUCCACUAAAAGUACUCCUACAACAUCGGUCAAGUCUGACAAAGAUGGAGUAAUUAAGAAAGUUAAGGGCGAUAAAGGAACAACUGACUCAUCGACAGUGUCAACACCGUCCGGUAUUGAACCUGAUUCAGUAAUUCGCUUGAGUGAAAAGAAUUUAACGGAGAAAUCGGAAGACAUAUCUCUUGACUCGAUUGAAAGUAAAGUACUCGCAGAUCUAAAAGAAGAACGAGAAGUCGUUGAGGAAAUUGAAGCAGUUCUCCAGAAAGCUGAGAGAAUAGAGGAAGCCCGAAAAGAGGAGCGUUUCGAAGGCGAUGACGAUAUCACUGCAGAAGCCACAGACAAGAAGGAGGAGGACAUGACUGAAGAGGACGUGACUGCUGAAAUUGAAGAUGCUCCCAAAAAAGACUCCCGAAAAGCGAGUCAGGAAUUAACCGAAGAAGACGAGUACCUUAUUGUCGAGAAAGAAGAAAUUUUCACCGAAGAUUCGGUUCAAAGUGCCGAAGGUGAGCAGAAACACUUUCUUGAUGAAGUUGAAUCCGAGAAACAUAAAAUUCUCGAGAAAAAAUCCCCCAAUCAAGAUGAGGAGGAAAAAAAAGACGAGAUUCCAGAAAAGAAGUUAGAUUUCGGAGAAAUAUCUUCUACGAAAGUGGAUGAAAGAAGAGUUUCGGAAUUACUCUCACCUGAGAAUAAGGAACAACUAAAAGAAGAAAUGAAAGAAAUUAUCGCCUCAGCCACUGAAGUUGUUCAAAAAUCUGAAGAGAAAGACGAUUCAGGAAAGAAAGACUCUGAUGAUAUUACCAAAGAGCCUUCUAGUUUGAGUCCUGACAAGAUGGAUUCAUCCGAAAAGAAAACAGAUACUGAUAUGAAACCAGACAUCGAAAAGGAUUUGAUUCCGGAAAAAAUGGAAGAGUCACAGGAGAAGAUAUCGACACUUGAAUCCGGUGCAACCACAACAGCUCCCACUCUUCCAGAGGAUGAACGAAUCACUUUGGAUGAUAUCAAGGAAGAUAUUGAUGAAAAACACGUCGCUGAGGAAGUAAAGGAGAAAGUUUCUCCCAAAGUAGAGGAAGUAAUUCCAGCCGAAUUACCAUCACCAGUUGUUCGUCAGUCGAUUCCAACUCAUCAGAGAGAUUCCGUUAAGACACCAGACGAAGUUGCCGAUCUUCCAGUUCACGAGGAAGUUGAUCCGAAACUUUAUGCAACUGACGGUUAUAGUAAGGAAAAAGACGAAAGGGUCCAGUCGCCCCAGGAAGCGAAAGGUCCUUCAACUCCAUUAACCAAGGAACAUAAUGGCGUAUUUAGCUUUUUUGGAAAAGUAGCAGAUAAAUUCGAAAAAGGAAUCGAUAAACUUACUAAAAAGAAAAAAGAUUCUGAUAAAGAUGAUGAUAAAUCAUCAUCAAAAUCCAGUUCACCAAAGGAUCAUAAACCAAUUUCUAAUUUCGAAGAGGUCGAUAUGGACAAAGUUUUCCAAAAGGUGGGGAAGGUUCUUGAAAAAGAAGAAGUAUUUGAAAUAGUCGAACCAGUUGUGAAGGAUAUAAAGACCGCGGCGAUAAAGGAAACGGCAACAUUUUUGAAGGAGGAGAUUCAAGAUUUGAGAAAAACUAGUAUAACCGAUCAGGAAGAAAAGUUAACAGUUAAUGACGAAGCAGAAAAACUGGCUGAAACAUCCAAUGCAGAGAAGAAAGAAGACAUCGAAGAGAUAGAAGAAGUUGAAAAACUAAUUCAGGAAUCUUCCAAGAAAUUUAAAUCCGUUAAAGAUAGUCUUAGGGAUUCUUUAGAAUCCCUUGAGGAAAAAGCUCCAAAGGAAUCAAGAAUUAAUUUAGUGGAUCUUUCUCCACCAGGUGAUAUUGUUGCCGAUACUUUAACAGGCGUUGCGGAAAAAUUGGAAGAAAUAGAUUCUACACCUUCAAUUUCCAAGGAGCCUGAAAAGGUGAAAUUCUCCAUUCUGAAAGAUGAGGAAAUUGACGAUGAAGAAGAGGAAGAUCUGCACGUUCUCGAUUUGAAGGAAGCUGUUCGUGACGUUGGCGAAGUCCUAGCCGGUACAGCCGGAAUUCAUCUCGAAGAAAAGCCAAAAGACGUUGUUGAGAUUGUCAAAAAAGUUGCUGAAGUACUCAAAGAGGACGAUUUCUUUUUAGAUAAAGCUCUUUCCCAAAUUUCCAAAAAUAAACAAGAGGAAGAUCUAACUUUGGAUACAAAACCAACUGAAGAAGUUUCAAAACCAGGUGCUGAAGGCAUAAUGCCAAAGAAGGUGGGUGUUACUGAACAAUUACCGUCUCAGGAGGAAGUGGAGGAAAUGAUCGAGAGCGAUUUCGUUAAACCUCUUACAAUUUAUGAGAGUGCGAAAGGAAUUGAGGUUCAGGACGAACCUUGUGUCAAGGAAAUUCGAGACACUCAUAUCGCAUCCCCAGUGAGUAAGGAACCACCCGUUAGGGAUAAAACUCUAGCAAUGGGAUCAGACCUCCUGUCGAACAUCAGAAUUUGUGAAAGGACAAGCAUAUGUACUGAUGAAGAAAUCCAAGAUGUGAUGGACUCCGGACUGGAGAAAGUCUGCACCAAAACCAUUUUACCCCUAAGACUUGAGGAUAUUCACCACAAUGAAGAAAUAGAUUCCUCUGAUAUUGGAUUCGAACAAAAAUUAUCACCAGCAAAGGCUGAAUUGGUAACUGUGACUCCUGGAUCAACACCAUCGUCUCCUAAAUUCAUUGAAAAAAUAUCUGAUCAAAAUGUACAAAGAGCACUGAAAAUUGAUGAUACCCUCUCUGAUGAUCUAAAACAAGUGAUUGAUCUAACCUCGACCAUUGACGAGAUCGUUGAUAAUAUAAUUAUAUCAAAGAAACAAAGGAUCACAACCGAAAUUAUAGAGUAUAUUAUAUUCGUAAAAAAUAUUUCCCAAGAGAUGGUAAUUGAAAUGAUUGAAAACACAAUCAUUAAACGUGGUAUUUGUCGUGAAAGUGCAAUAGAUAUUGAAGAUAUUAUUAAAACCGAGGUGGUAAUCAGUCCCCAAAAGAGGAAUGACGUUGAAGAUUAUAUCGAAAAAGAAUUUAUUAGCAAGGAAAAGAAAAUUAGUUUACCAAUUAUUGAAGAGAUCUCCUUAUUGAAAAUAAUCCCACAAGACGUUAUUAUGGAAAUAAUUGAUGGCAUCAUAAUCAAAAGAAAUAUUUGCAAGUCUUCGAUACUUGAUGUAUCAGGUAAGAAAGCUCAGGAUGAUGAUCAAAAUGAAAAAUUGACAGAAAUUGAAAAACAGAAAACUUCGCAUAUUGAAACUGAUUUGGAAAUUGAAGAUGAACUUGUUGAAGGUUUUGUUAGUAUUCCAUCAAAAGAUGUUGUGACAGCAUUUAUAGGUGAUGAUAGACAAGAUGAAUUAGCUGUUGAAGCUAGAGAUUCUCCAUCAGGCAAAACUCUCUCCGAGAAAGAUGACUUUGAAGCAGUUGAGCGAGAAGAAUACAAAGUUAGUGGUUCUAUACAGUCACCGGAUAUAUCUAGAAAAUUUAGUGAAUCCAAAACAGAAGAGGAAGAAGACUCUAGUGAUGUGAUUGAGGCUGAUGAGAAAUUUGUACGCGAAACUAAGGAAAAAGAAGGAAAAGAGUUCGAACUCGAUGAUAUCAAAGAAGUUCUAGAGGAGCAAGAUGUACGAGUCCGUGAAAUCGAAGUUUCUGAGGCGUCAGAAACUGUCGAUGCGACCGAAAAGUAUCUCAGUGAGGCGAAAGAAAAAGUUAUUUCAUUAAGUGAAGAAAAAGAAAUGGUAGGUUUUGAUGAAAGAAAAAAGAGCAAUGCCGAAAAAGUUGUCGUCAAACUUCCUUUGACUGAUCCGGAAGAGAAAAUUUUUGACCAAGAUCCACAAGAUGCAGCGGUACGUAAAAUGUUUGUGACAGCCAGCAGUGAGGAUGGAGGACACGAGACGGAGAUCUGUGCUCCGGGUACAAUUACUUUCACGAAAACAGUCACACCUGAUGAUUCCUUGAAAGAUAGCUCCUCAAAGUCUGUAUCAGAAAAAGAUUCCCUGGUGAUAGAUAUGGAUUCCCUGCAUUCUGCAGAAACUUCUUUGGAUAAAGACAGCAUUUCCGAUAAAUCGUCUCCAAAAGCAAAAGUACAGGUUUCUCCUGUUGAUAGUUUAGAUAAUUCACCGGUUGGUACACGUGAUUCUCAGGAUGAAGAUAAUAUUUUAAUAAAGAAAGACGAAGAGACUCUAGAGAAAGAAAGAAAAACUCAUCUUGAAGAGUCGAAGACGAAAUUGGAUCACUCAGGUGAUGUUUCUCCAGCAGAGAGUGUUUUUGCAGAAGGUCUUAUUGAAAAGUCAUUAAUUUCCUAUCAGCCUUCAAGUUCAGAAAAACCAAAUCAGGAAGAAGAUAAAUUACCUAAAUCAUUAGCUGAAGAACCUGUUAAUAAUUCACAUUCCACGAGUAUUGUAAGUACUCAGGCUGAAGAACAGGCUAGAUCAAGAUCAACAAAUAUUGUCAGUGAUAAAGAUUAUCAACAUGUAAAUAUUCUAAAUGAACAAGAAGAUCUUGGUAUUCCUAACAAGAAGGAAAAAUUAGAAAUCGAUAAGGACGGAUUAAAGUCUCUUAUCAUUUCUGGUGACAAAUCUGAUGAAGAAAUUGUAAAAUCAAGAGCAUCGAGUGUUGCCAGUGUAAAAGAGGAUUUGAAAGAAGAUGAAUCAAAAUUUUCAAAUAUUUAUGAUUCAAAGACUCCAAUUAUUGCUGGCGAUAAAACUCAGGAUUCAUUAGAGGAGAAGGCAUCUAGGACAUUCAGUAUGGCGAGUAAAAAAGCAGAAAUGAAAGAUUCUUUAGACAAUUCGAAAUCUCCGGUAUUGAGUGACAAGUCAGAUGAGAAGGAUACUGGUCCCAUGUCUCCCAGCUUUGUUGAUGAUAAGCUUGAUGAGAAAGAUUUACUUGAAAAGACAGUAAGUAAAUCAAAAGCGUCGAGUAUCGCCAGAAUUUCCAGUGAAAAACUAGAUUUCAAGGAUGUUGAUCAAACAAAAGUUGCCGCCAUUGUCGAAGAUAAACCGACUGAUCCAGAACAAGUUAUUAUUAGAUCAAGAACAACAAGUACUGCCAGUGAUAGGACAGAUUCAAAGGAGAAUAAAGAAUUAGAUCAAAUUAAAUCGCCAGCAAGUGAAACGUCAGAUGAAAAGAAGUCCAGUGAUCAUUCCAAAUCUCCAAGUGUCGCUGGUGAUACAUUUCUGGAAAAGGGUUCAACAGAAAGAAACAUUUCCGGAUCAUCAAGAAUUAAUAGUCAGAGUCCAGAAGUAAAGGAUGAUGCAGAGAAGGCAAAAUCUACAGUAUCUAAUGAUAAAGAGUCUUUCGACAGAUCUAAGUCUCCAAGCGUAGCUGAUGACAAGCCAAUUGCAGAAAAAGAUAAAUCAAUGAGUGAUGUUGACAAAUUGGUCGAAGUAUCAACAAUUUCCAAAUCACCUACAGCUGAUGAAUCUGACGUAAAUAAAUCGGAAGAUAAAACACUAAAAUCCGAACCCACAGUGUGUGAAAAGACAGACUUAAAAUCUACUAGUCAGAAGGACAUUAAUCAACUCUCAAAUCUCGAUGCUCAAGAUGAUGAUUCAAGUGAUCGAUCCAAGUCACCUAGUAUUGUCGGCGAUAGAGAAACUGAGAGAGAGUUACCUGAAUUCACCAAAUCAAGAUCAUCUAGCAUUGUUAGUGAUAAGCAUACGCCAGAACCGUUACAAAAGUUUUCUCUGCUUUCGGACUCUAAGAACGACGUGAAAUUCGAAAAGGAUCAAUUUGAACAUCUUAGAUCUGGUAGUUUGAUGAGUGAUAGAUUAGAUGAAGAUUCCAUUGAUCGAACUAAAUCACCAAGUUCAACGAGUGACAAGUCAGAUGAUAAAGAUACAUUAGAUAGAUCGAAAUCACCAAGUAUUGAUGGUGAUAAACUCGAUUCUGACGGAGAUCGUGCUAAAUCUAGGUCUCCUAGUGUGAUUACUGAAGAGGAAGAUCAUGACAAGUUGCUACAGAAAGCUGAAUUGAAGGUUUAUGAACACGAUAGAUCAAGAACAUCAAGUUUUGGCAGUGGAAUGGCGAAUGAGAAGGAGGAUUUAUCUUCAGCUAAAGUAGCUGCAACUUUAGCUGAUUCGAAUAAAAAACUCAAAAAAGAAGAAAUCCGAUCUAGAUCAUCCAGCAAUGCUAGUGAAAUACAUGAUGAAAACGAAAUCGCAUUAUCAAAAAUAGAAGUUUCUCAGGGUGAUUUUAAUAAAAUAAUCGACAAGGAAGAUAUCAGAUCUAGAUCAUCAAGUAUUGCUAGUGAGAAACAUGAUGAAAAGAAAAUCACAUUAGCUGAAAAAGUUUAUUCUGAUAAUACCGAUCAAAACAGGAGAUCAAGUAUUGCUUGUGAGAAACACGCUAUGAAGGAGAUCGGGUCAGUAAAAACAGGUGAUUCUGAAGAAGAGGAAGUUAGGUCAAGAUCAUCAAGUAUUACCAAUGUGAAGCAUGAUGACAAAGAAAAGAGAUCUAGAUCAUCAAGUAUUGCUAGUGAGAAACAUGGUGAAAAGAAAAUCUCAUUAGCUAAAAAAGUUGAUACUCAAGUUGAUUCUGGUAUCACACCUGAAAAAGAGGAAGUUAGGUCCAGGUCAUCUAGUGUCACUAGUGUGAAAUAUGAUGAUAAAAUGCCAAGAUCUAGAUUAUCAAGCACUGAUAGUGAAAAACAUGAUGAAAAGAAUAUUUCAUCGUCGAAAAAAGAUGAUUCUGAAAAAGAGGAAGUUAGGUCCAGAUCAUCAAGUAUUACCAGUGUGAAGCAUGAUGACAGGAAACCAAGAUUAUCAAGUAUUUCUAAAGAGAAAUAUGCUGAGAAGGAGAUCGUGACAGUAAAAACAGGUGAUUCUGAAAAAGAGAAAGUUAGAUCCAGAUCGUCAAGUAUUUCCAGUGUGGAGCAUGAUGACAAAAAGCCAAAAUCUAGAUCAUCAAGUGUUACAAGUGAGAAACAUGAUGAUAAUGAAAUCUCAUCUGCUAAAAAAGUUGAUUCUUAUGUUGAUUCUGAUGAAACAGAUAAAGUUCGGUCCAGAUCAACCAGUAUCAACAGUGUGAAACAGGAUGACAAAAAUUCAAGAUCAUCAAGUAUUGUUGGUGAAAAACAUAAUCAAAAGGAAUUUGCAACAUCAGAAAGUGCUUCUUGUCAAGGUGAGUCUGUCAAAAAAGUCGAUAAUGAAGAAAUUAUAUUUGCAUCAUCUAGUAUCGUUAGUGAGAAGCAUGAUGAUAAGAAGCCGAGAUCAAGAUCAUCAAGCAUAGGUAGUGAGAAACAUGAUGAAAAGGAAUCUACAUCAGCAAAAGUUCUUUCGACCACUACAAUUACUAAAAAUGUUUCUCAUAUUGAUUCUGAUAAAGUAUUCGACAAGGAUGAAAUCAGAUCCAGAUCAUCAAGUGUCACAAGUGUGAAGCAUGAUGAUAAGAAGCCAAGAUCAAGAUCAUCAAGUAUUUCUAGUGAGAAAAACGAUGAAAAGUUAUUUUAUAAAUCAAGAUCAUCAAAUAUUAUUCAAGAUUCUAACAAAGUACAGGAUACUAAGGUACCUAGAUCAGAAUCACCAGUUCAUGAUCAAACGCCUAAAGAUCGCUCCCGAUCGCACAGUUUGUUUGAAGGUGCUGAGAAAACACCAUUGGCCCGAUCUAGAACUGGCAGUUUAUUCGACGAUAAGUCAAGUGAAAAAGUUCAUCUUAUGGAACAAGUAAGAGGAGCUUUGGAGGAUUCAAUGAAAUCAGGCAUUCUAGAAGAGAAAGAUGAAAGGACAAGCGUAAGAGAAAAACAUCCUGGUUCCUGGAAGGAGAUCGAAGCUGAAAUUCCACUAUCAAAAGAAUCAGUGAAUUAUCAAAAAGACUCUAUUGAAUCAAAGUCACAAAUAGUACCUGAUGUAAUAGACGUUUUGCAGCUAAAAUCUAAUGAAAGAAUGGGGAUAGAAAAUUACGUCGUAAAUGAAUGUGUAGGUAAAAAAAAGAAAAUAAGUGCAGAAAUAUUGGAUGAAUUGAGUGUAACUCAUUCACUUCCGACAUCAGUGAUAAUCGUUAUUAUUGAUGAGAUAAUUUUGAAAUUAAAAAUUCCUAGAGAUACUAUUGUUGGAUUUGACCAAGAUAAAAAUUUAUCCGAUUCAGACAAUGAUUAUGAUGAUGAUGACGAGUUGGGUAAAUUGCAGGCGGAUACUUUAAAAAAUAUAGAGAAAUAUAUAAUUGAUGAUUAUAUUUACAAAAAUGAAAAAUUGUCUUUGAAAACAGUGGAUAAAAUUGCGAAUGAUAACUUAAUUUCAAGAAGAGUUAUUAUCGCAAUCGUCGAGCAAAUUAUUCUAGUAAAAAAUUUAACGAGACAAAAUAUUCUCGACAGUGAUAUUCUAGAGCUUGAAGGACUUUCAGUCGAAGGUGUUGAGGCACAGACAACUGCAGAUAAAAAAUCCGAAUCAAAAGAAGGUGACGGGAUCACUUUGGUGCUUCAUUCAAAGCAAUCUAGUUUAGCUAGUGUUAAGGAUCAUGAUGACGAUAAGAGCGACCUCAUAAGACAUGAUAUCAAGAGUGUUGUUUAUAAAAUAGAUCAAGAUGUUCAAGGCCUUAAAAUUGUUUCUAAAAGUACGAGUCCCGAAGUUAUACUGUCAACUACUAGAACAUCCUUUCAGCAAAGUUCCGAUCUUUUGGAAACGCAGAUUCCUGAGGAGGUAUCAAUAUCGGAGGAUAAGCGCACAGACAUAAAAAAUCUGUUGAUGGAAGAUUACAUAACCAAAGGAAAAAAUAUUACCGAGAUAUUCCUCCAGGAGAUCAUUAACAGAACCCAGGUACCUAGAUACAUUAUUUUAGAAAUCAUCGAUGAAAUCAUUUCCAAUAAGAAGUUAUCAAGAGAUAGUGUGAUUGAUAAGUUGCUGUUUUUGGAGGAGGACGAUUCUCUUGAAAGAUCAAUCCUGUCCACUCCAGACAGAAAGUCUUCUGGUUAUUCAACACCAGAAAUAAAGCAGUUCGAUGACAAGGUUACCAAAACAGUGCCCUCUUACGUUGCUGAUUAUGAAAGUCCUUUCCAUAAAGCAUUUGUUGGUGGCAUGACAGAAAUUAGAACAACACAUAUUACCACUCUUUCUGGAAAAUCAACACCAGACCUUGGAGGUCGAUCCGAUACACCAGAAUCCACUUCUGAUGUUACAAGUACCACUGGAACUACUUCUCAAGAAGUUACCGAAAAAAAGCAACCUGAUGAACCAAAUAAUACUGAUGAUGAUUUAAAGACUGCGGUUCUUAAAACAACUCAUCUAACUUCUCAAUUCAAAAAAAUUGAUGAUUCACUGAAGAGUGUGAAACAAGAGGUUGUUGUUUAUGAGGUAGAUCCAGAUGUUAUGGAAACUGUCACAACAAAAACGACAAGAACAGUUGUCAUUGAUGACGGAUCUGAAAUUGGAAAACCAGAACUAUUUACUUGUAGUAUUUCUCAAGAUAGAACACCGGAAGUCAUUUCGGACAUUGUGACAAAAGUCAUCAGUAAAGAAACAACACCAGAAAUGACAACGUUUUCACGGAAAUCUGACAAAACGAUUAUAGAAACAACAGCAACUCUAACAUCAACCUUUGGCGUUUCAACACCUGACGUGAAAACGUUCUACGAUUCUGGAAAAUCAACACCAGAUCAGCAACUCGACAAAAUAUCCGCUGAACAUUUAGAACAGUCGAUCUCUCCAUUAGUACGUGAUUUCGUGUCUGACGAGAAAAGUUACUUUGGAAAAUCUUCGCCUGAUAUGUCGCUACCAAAGGAUAUUGCUUACAGUGGAUCUACUGGAAAAUCAACACCUGAUGUUCCAAUUUCACCACUGAUCAGGGACGGUACUCAUCCAUCUGGUAGAUCAACACCUGACAAGCGGCUCGAAGGUAGGUCGAGAACAAGCACUCCUGAAGGAUUUCGGUCAGGCGAGGUAAUAAGGACCACAAUCACAACAACCAGAACAAUGUCUGAUGAUGGAGAAAUCAUCACUACUACCAAAGAAGUUACUGAAGCUACAAACGAGAAAGGUGAAACUGUUGUCAUUACAGAAAAGACGGAUGUGAAAGUUGAUAAUAAUUUGCCAGAAAGUAUUGAAAAUGUGAUUGGAGAGUUGAAGUCAGCUGAUCUUCAACGAGUAUCAAGUCCAGGAUCGGAUGUAUUGAGUGACAAGGAAGUUGGACCAACGAGUCCACGUAGUGAUGAUCAAAGCAGCACACACAGCAGAGCAGCUACUCAUAUUUAUGGUAGUAGUGAAGCAAGACACACUUUUUCUGAUGAUGAACCUCCAAGUUCACCGUUUUCUACCACCUCCCAGGUUGAACAAUCUCCCCAUCAUUAUGAACACCAGACAAUGACCAGCAGUUUUUACGGUGAAUUACCAACAACAAAAUCUGAAAGUACCGUACGCUUUAGUGAUUCUCAAACCGAAACGAAAAAAUUAACUGUCGAAAUGGAGUUUGGAGGUGGAUUCAGUGAUAAAGAUUCUAAGAAGUUAAUAGACGAAGCUGACUUGGACUCGGAUAAAAUUUUACUUGAGGAGAAAGACAUGAGGGCUGUCUCUUCUGUUUCUCCUUCUCACGAUAAAAAAAAAGAUGAUCCAAUUGCUGAUUGGGGAAGUCCUCUAGGUCUACCUUCACCCAAACCACCAAGAAAAUUCAAUCUACAAAGUCCCGUUCAACGAGAACGAAUUACAGAUGAUCCAAUUGCCGAUUGGGGGAGUCCUUUAGAUCUACCAUCACCAAAACUACAGAGAAAAUUCAAUUUACGAAGUCCCGUUCAACCGAGCAGCAGUUCCUGUGAUCUGUCACCUGAUAGCUUGAAUUUUGAUCUUCAUGAUUGGGGUGAACCGUUGAAAUUACCAACUCCGGUUCCGUUACCUAAUGAAGUUUCUAAUAAGGCAUCACCUGGAACACCGAAAAAGGAGCGAAAACAAACGAAGAAAGUUAUUUCCGAAAAUAUUAAAAAUAAAAAACGAUCUGAGAGUCCUAUUAAAAAUGAGAAAAAAUUAAAGGACUCCAAGAAUAAAGUUCAACCGGUUUACAUGGAUUUAACCUAUGUUCCCCAUCACGGGAAUUCUUACUAUACGGCUUUAGAAUUUUUCAAGAGAGUCAGAGCGAGGUAUUAUGUUUUCAGUGGUACUGAACCUAGUCGUGAGGUUUAUGAUGCUUUGCUGGAGGCGAAGAAAACUUGGGAGGAUAAAGAUUUAGGUGAGAUUAUCGACUUCAUUAAUUUUUAA